ACUUGAAGAAAAAAUUAGACAGAGACGACUUGAAAAAGAAGAACAAGAAAGAAAAUCAGCAAUUGAGAAAGAAAAACUGAGGAGGCGAACUGGUCAAGAAAUUGCUCUUGCUAGACAAAAACUUGAAGAAGAGCAACAGAGAAGAGAAGCUGAGCUAAUACGUCAAGAAAAACUAGAAGCUAAAUUAGCUAGGCAGAGAAUUUUAGAAGAAAUUGAAAGAGAUAAGUUAGCUCGUAAAGAAAUGUUUGGAACAGUUGGAAAUACUGCACCUGUUAUAUCAACUGUAAAUAGUUCUAAUACUGUUUCAACUACUACAACUACAGUCCCACAAAGACAAUAUGAUCAAUGCAAACUUCAGGUAAGUUACUUGUUUUUACUAUUAAACUUUUAGUAAUUUACACAUCAG